AUGGCGGACGAGAAACCAAUAUGGAUCUCUAUUGACGAAAGUACAGAUGUGACGGGUCGCUUUGUCGCCCGCGUUAUCAUCGGGACCCCGGAGAACACUGAGAGCCCCAGCUUCCUCUUGAUUGCGGAAAAUUUGGACGCGACUAACCACUCGACGAUCGCCCAGGUUUUCACGAAGUCACUAGCUCUACUCUGGCCCGACAGAAUCCGAUAUGAGAAGGUCCUCUUGUUCGUUUCCGACAGAGCAUCGUAUAUGAAGGAAGCAGGCUGUGCGCUCAAGGUUCUCUUCCCGAGGUCGGUUCACGUUCCAUGCUCAUCUCAUGCCGUCAACCGGGUGGCGGAGGAGCGCGUGGUUCUGAAAUCAGCCGCUCGCUUUACCAAAUUCCGCGAAAGCGUUCCCGGAGUACCUCUGCCGCCUCAACCGGUGCUGACUCGUUGGGGAACUUGGCUCAAGGCAGGAGUCUACUACGCAGAAAACUUCGACGCAUUUUCGACGGUUGUGAACUCACUCGACGGAUACGACACGGCAAGUACUCUGGCCACUCAACAGAUCCCCAAGGAGAGCUCCCUGCCCGAGAACCUCGCAUUCAUCCGCGCGCACUCCGAGGGUCUCCCUGGCGGAAUCGAAAACAUGGAAAACAAAGGUGCACCUCUGGUCGAUAGUAUUCGGUUCUUCGAGAUAGCAGACGUCCUCGAGCACGGGGUCUCCUCAGACGCUGCACCGGCGCCUCCGAGGGAUUCCAACCCGCAGAGCAUUCGGCAUUCGAGUACGCACCACUGA